UUCCUUCGCAGCUAAGCAAAAUUUAUCAUUUAUUUCUUCCGCAUCUUCAUCACUCUCGCACGCACAACGACAUUCACAAUGGAGGAGCAGCAAACCAUGGAGGUUCCUUUCCUCUCAGAAGCGAAAAGUGAAAUUGCUGACAAAGAGAGCGAAAGAUUGAGUUCGUAUCAGUACGUGGGGAGAACCGGUUCUGUGAUUCCCACCGCUUCGUUGGCUGGAACUGAAGUCAGCGUUGAAGAGAUUCGAUCGGCUGCAGCCUUUUCUGAUUAUUAUCCUCCUUCCCUCCAUGCCGCCUUGAUCAGUUCCCCGGAGCCUGAUCCUGACGAGCAAGCUAUUGUAUGUCAGGGUGCAUAUGGUGGAGAUUAUGGUGGAAACACUAAUGAACUUCAGAGGCAAAUAUUAGAUGAGGUGGAGAUACGGGAGUUACUCAUUGAUCAUGUUGGUCAUCGUUGCUGCUGGGGAAGUCGUCCAGCUCGUACUUGGAAGAUUCAUGCAGUGGAAGAUUGCAAUGUUUAUGUAGGAACUCUAGAAACUUUUAUAGAGGAGAGGGAAAUCAUAAAAGAAAGAGAACCAUACCAUGGUGGCGGCAAAAUUGAUGGAAAGGAUAAAGGGCCUGGACUAGGAAUCUGGGAAUUGGAUCUGAGGUCUGAAUUCCCUGUUCUAUUUCAACCCCAUAAAGAAUCACGUGCCAAAAUUCCUCAUUCUGAAGCUAUUGAGAAAUGCUCAGGUUGUGCGGGACGGGGAGAUAUUGUGUGUUCUACAUGCAAUCCAGGUCAAGAACCUGGGUUUUACAAUGAGAACCGGAUGAGUCAGUGUCCUACUUGCCAUGGAAGGGGUUUAAUUGCUCAUAGAGAUGGAUCCGACACAAAAUGUGUGAAAUGCAAUGGUAAGGGCAAUAUUUCUUGCCCCAUUUGUGGAUCCCGUGGGCUAAUUAAAUGUGAGUUGUGUCGUGGAGGUGGUUCUCUUUUGACACACGAUGUUGCUGUGAUUAGAUGGAAGACACUUUCAACCAGAAAAGUAAGUGCAACUAGUGGGGCAGCUUCAGUUCCUGAUGAGGUUUUCCACAGAGCCAAAGGGGUCCAGUUGUGCAAUACUCAGGCCCACCAGUGCACCCCUGCAUUUUUUGCUGAUUCGUUCUUUCUCAACAAGUUUUCUUCGGAAGUAAUUGCAGAUAGAUCUCCUGUACCUCCUACUGCAAGGGUCGUAUGUGAGAGGCACAGUAUCUCUGUUGUACCAGUGACACGUGUCACAAUGGCUCAUCGUCGUCAGUCCUUCAGUUUCUAUAUCAUUGGCUUUAGCAGGGAGGUAUACUUAAAGGACUACUACCCAUCUAGGUUUUGCUGGGGCCUAUGUCCUUGCUUGGAUUGGUUGAAGUUGUAAGUAAGCAGAUUUCUGUCUUCAAGGGGGGACUAAAUCUUUUCUGGUACAGAUGUUUUUGUUAGUUCUUGGCCUUGCAUCAGUGAAAAUAAGUGGGAUUUCUCAUGUUGAGAUUGAGUUUGCCAUUUUCUCGACUUGCUACACGUAAUUCAGUGAAUUAUUUGUUUGUUUGGGUGACAAUAUGUUCUCUUCUCCCUUAUGCUUUCAUAUUUGAGCCUCUAUGGAAAUACACUUCUGUACUGUAAUAGUUUAGCUUGUACUGCUCUCUCUUGGUAUGUGUAUAUUUCAUUUGAUCUUUUUUUUUUAUCAAUUCUGUGUUAAAAACAUGGAUCAUUGAUGAAAUGACAUGGUUUAUACUUUGUAUCAUUGGAGAGGAAGUAAAGAUAUACUUUUGACA